UGGUAUGCGCACAUUGGCCACCAGGUGCAGGCUAACACAAAUACAUGUACUGUACCAUACAGUGCCUCGAGAUAUACCAGUUCACAAGAUUGUUUUAAAACUGCUAACAUGUACACUCAAUGAAAAAUAUGACAGGUGAUCAACUUACACAAUAACCCAGUGAAAAAGAUGACAUGACUUCCGUUGCGGUUUUCCAAGCACAGCCGUGUUGAGAUCUCAGCUCAGACAUGAUUGAAGAUUGAAAAUUGUUCUGUUUUUACUAACCUGAGUUUAUUCAUCUGGUCAAUAAAGAAAAUAAGAUGAGCAGCAGGAUCUGUGGAACAAUGAGCCCAUGGCAAGGCACUUCUCUUUGCAGCCGUGGUUCAACACAAACCUUGGUCGGCGAUGGAUUGAGGCGAGAAUGGUGAGGAUCAUUUGACUGAGGCCUAAAAAGUACUUCACAUAUUGUGGGCAAAGAUUCAAAUGGACAGUGUGAGACCCUGAUGCAAAGAACCUCGUUUUCUGGAAUGUGCCAAGUAUAGAAAAGAAAGUAUUUUUAAUAUUAAUAGUAUCAUUUGAAGUUGUACACAGUAAGAGUUUCUUCUUUUUCGGUGAAAUCCUUAUUUGGCCGGUAGAAUUAAAACAACCAGCUGAUUACAAGGGUAGUGUUGCAAUUCUUUCUAUGAUUCAAAGGUGUUGAGUUGGGAUUUGAGUUAUUUUAUUUUAUGAUUAUUAUUGUAGUUGGAGCAUUGUAUCUGCAGAGGGCAGUGCUAGGCGAUGUUUACUUUAACACUACCGGAAAUAUAUGAAAGAAGUCGACUGGUCGCUUGCAGUACAAAUGUGAUUUUUCCUUCCAGUGGACUUCCGCGAGUCCCACAUUUGUCGCUCGGACAGCAGCGGCAGCGCGACCCUCUCCAUGGCCGUCGGACGUCUGCAUGACCUCUUACGGUGUCUUCGAGCAGGUAGUCCCCGCUCCGUCAUCCACUGGUGCCAGACGCCAUUAUGCCCCCCGUCGGCGUUUCGCGACGCCAGCAACAGCAGUAGCAGCAGCAGACUUGUGGGACGCCGAGGGCGAAACGGAACCAGUAGGAAUGAAGACAGCGAUGAAGAAGACUCGAUCAUGGAGGAAGUGGAGGACAAACUCGGCGCUUUGCUGGAAGAGGGUGUCAGGAAGCGGAAGACGAUCAAAUACAACAUAAUGCGCAGAAAGAUGACUCCGUCAGGAGCCCCGGAAAGGAACUUGACUUGGGAGGCCAUGGAGACCAUCAGGUAUCUAAAGCGAGAGCAUCCAGAUGAGUGGACAGUGGCGCGUCUGUCCGAAGGCUUCUCUGUCAGCCCCGAUGUGAUCCAAAGGGUGGUACGCACCAAAUUUAGCCCGGCGCCUCACAGGAGAGCUCAGCAGGACGCAAAGGUGAGAUCCAGGCUCCAGCAUCCAGAAUUGUCUUCGGGGGCCACCGGGAUUGAUCAAAGCCAACCGGGUCUGCACGCGGAGCACUCCUUACGUCGGCUCUCGGCUCCUGGGAAACCGGAAGCCGCUUUGGUUCCCGUGACUGUAGAUUUGGAUGCACCCGCGCCGAAAGCUCCCAUUCUGGUUCCAGUGACGCAAACGAGCCCUAAAGAUGCUGCAGCGCCCACAAUAUGGCCGGGCCAGGAAGGCUCAGGUGACGCCGAACAAGACGAGACGUGGGAUGGGCAGGUGUUAUCUGAGGAAGAGCUUGAGAAGUUUAUGGACAUUAAGCCGGCGCCUGUGCUUCGAGUUGGAAAUGAUUUCUUUGAUGGAAAUGGCCAUUUUUUGUACAGAGUAUAAUGAGCACAAGAAAUACUGGAUACAACAGAUGUUGAUGUAAGAUGAUAAGAGAAAAGCAAACGCCAAAAGGUAUGAAAACUGACAAAAAAAAAUGUAGGUGAGUUAUCAAGGAAUUUCUUGGCCCCCACAGAAUCUUUAUUUUAACAAAAAUUAAGCAAAUCUGGAAGACUGAAGAGUAGAAUAAGGCAAAAUAAAUUUUCUUCAUGCAGAAAAGUAUUAACACCCCUCAAGUACAUGUUUGUGGAUAAAUAAGAAAAAUUUAAUUUGUCUCCUCUUUCCUUUUUUUGUGCUUCUGGAUCCUACCUGAGCCCACUUCAAAGUGGGCCACAUCAACAGCAUCUUCCUCAUUCCAGAAAAGAACUAAAAAGAAUUUCCAUUUCACUUCCGUUUUCAAUGACCAACUUCAAAGGCUAAUUCCAAAUGCAGCCGCCAGGCUAAUAUUAAGUACAGUAUUUUUGAGAAAUUAGUUCAAUUGUGUUGACAUAAUUCUUAACAUCAAUCCAUCACAUAAUAAAUUAAAGAAUGACAUCCAUAAACUAAAUGGAUAAUUGUGUGUGGGCUUCCAAAUUAAUCCACGAUAUACAAGCAGAUUCUUUUUGUCAUUGUUACGUGUGUUUUGCUGUUCAACCAGGGCCACGACCCGCAGCACCUCAAUGCAAAAAUACAAAUAAUGACAGUCUGGUCUGGUUAGGAAAAAUGUAGCAAUAGAGGAUGUCCGUUCCAGAGGUGGGGAGAGGGACCAAAUGUUUGACUCAAGUAAAAGUAGUUGGUAUUUGACCAUAAUGUGACUCAGGAAAAAAAAAAAAAAACAACUUGGAAAAAAAGAGUCAAAAGUACACAUUGAAGUAAUUGCUCAAGCACCAACUAAAAAGCACAAACAAAAAUAAUUUUGCACCCCAAGAAAACCUCACAUCUGUAUGAUUCGCGUAAGUGUCCCAUUUUAAGUUCAAAGCUGCACAUGUUGCCGAUAGGAGUAAUUUGAAUGUACGUAGUAAAGGUCAUGUGAAAUAAAGUACUAGAGUAUACCUUGACUUACAAGU